AUGACUUCCUGGAAAAUCGAGCCCUGCACCCUCGCCGACGCCCCGGCGCUCGCGCCCAACAACAUGAUGGCCUUCUGGGCCACCGACGCGAACUGGAAGCUCGGCUGGACGCUGCAGGACGUCACGCUCGACUUCCUCAUCGAGAACUUCCACGACCGCAUCCCCAACAACCUCCUCAAGGACCGCGAGACGCUCCGCCACUACAAGGCCGUCGACCCGGAGACGGGCGCGCUGAUGGGCUACGCGCGCUGGAUGCUCCCGGCGAGCUGCGCGGACUCGCCUCACUGGGCCGACGGGCAGAUCGCCGAGGUCAGCGAGGAGGAGAGGGAGGCUAUCAGGGUCCGGAACGAGGCGGCGUGGUGGAAGCCCAUGCACAUGGACGGCCUGGAUGAUUGUGGUCCGGAGAAGAAGCGCAUUUUGGAGGAGGGAGAGUACAUCAGUCUUGAGUACUUGGCUGUUCAUCCCGACAACACGGGCAAGGGCGUCGCCUCGGCACUUGUCAAGCACGGCGUGGAGCUUGGGAAGAAGACCGGGGUGGAUCUCUUCAUCCUGGCCUUCCAAGCUGCUCUGAAUAUUUACAAGAGACAGGGCUUCAAGGUGAUUCACUCGGCUUAUCAGGAUGACACCAAGUAUGGGGGAGUUGGCUAUUGGGUGAACUUGCUUACCUAUGAGGUCGACAAGCCGAAGGAUAAGAAGCCUGAUGACGAGAACGCCGCUGAGCCAUAA